AUGGCGAAAUUAACCCCAUAUAACGUUGGCAUCGGUGCCAUAGUGGCCAUUGGAACCUUUGGUUAUGGCUAUGGUUUCGGAGUAUUCAUCACCUCCAUCGGCCAGCCUGGAUUCUAUCUUGAUAUGAAGCUGGAUCUGACUUUGAUCAAUGUGCUGAUCCAGGAAUACAGUAUCCUAGGUGCGAUCAAUGCACUGUUCGCGGCUGGGGCUGCCUUUGGUGCCAUAUCACAGGCCUGGCUGGCUGAUCGAUUCGGACGGAAGAAGUCGUUGGCGAUGUCGGCAUUGUUGUCUUGCAUUGGAGCUGCCUGGACCGCAGGCUCGCCCUACAUUUCUAUGCUGUUGACCAUCAGGGUCAUCCACGGGUUUGGUCUGGGCAUGUUGAUUUGUCUCGUGCCGCUCUAUCUAACAGAGGUGUCUCCACCUCACUGUCGUGGUAUCAUCAGCGGCAUGACCGUCAUGGGAUUCGGAGUGGGAUAUUGCGUCGUCGCGUUUGUCUCAGUGGGGACAUAUUAUUCGACGAAUCCGACUCUCCAAUGGCGUCUACCGUUGGCACUAGCAGCUGUAGGCCCGCUGGGUCUACUGCUUGGGCUGCCAUUUGUUCCUGAAUCGCCUCGGUAUCUCUGCUGGGUUGGACAAGCCGAGGCCGCUCUCAAAGUCAUUGAACGUCUCCACAAUGACCCAAGCGACCUAAAUAACGCAGCGGCGUAUGCUGAGUUUGUGCAAAUCAAGGCACAGGUUGAAAUCGACAAAGAGCAAAAGUCAGGCUAUAUCACUAUGUUCACAAAGCCAUCGUGGAGACGCAGGUCCUUGCUUGUGGCAUUGGCUAACUCGAGGGCUCAGGUCAAUGGCAUAGCCAAUUAUCUCGUUGUUAUAUUUGCCGAUCUUGGCCUAACAGGCAUACUUCCACUUCUCCUAUAUGGCAUCUAUGCUGUGGUUGGAACGGCUGCUGCGAUUUAUGCUUGUUUUGUCAUGGACCGCUUUGGCCGGCGUCAGCUUUUCAUUAUCGGGUUUCCGGUGCUCGCGGUCAAUCUCAUCAUCGAGGCAUUGUUGCAGCGAGAAUAUCUUAACAGUGGUAAUAAGGCGGCCGGUGGAGCAGCCGUAGCCUUCAUCUUUUUGUUCAUUGUGCUCUACCAAUUCAUUGACGCGCCUUCAUUCGUGUGGUGCGCUGAGAUCUUCCCCACGAAUCUGCGCGCCAAAGGAAUUGGAUUGAGCAUGUUUGCAUAUUUUGUGGGCUUCAUCACCUUUUCAACGCCAGGUCCGAGAGCCUUUCGUGAAAUUAAGUGGGGCAUGUACCUGAUUUACAUGGGCUGCAGCAUCGUGUGUGGAGUGAUAGCAUUUUUCUACGUCCCUGAGACCAAAGGGCUGCCAAUCGAGGAGAUGGGGGUAUUGUUCAAUGACGGCGUUGCGUUACACAUGACAAGUGACGGACGAGGAAUUGUGGAGAAGCAAGAAGAUCAAGAGAUUGAACGGGUUGAGGUUGAGAGCAAGUUGAAGGACGAAUCUACAUGAAGAGUCGGCAAGAUUGAGGCAGAGAUGGAGAAGGCCUCAUGAGGCGCUUGUUGCGUUGGGAGAAAGGGACGUUUGGGGAGGCAAAUUGACGCUGGACGUUGAGUUGUUUUCACUUCCAGUCACCGUAUUGGAU